AUGUCUGUGUCCUCGGAUACGAGUGGGAAGAAGUAUGCCAUAUCUCUGGUAGAUGUUCAGGCAGCUGCACAACGUAUCAAGGGUUAUGUGCACCGAACACCAAUAAUGACUUGUCGAACUCUGGAUGCUCUAGCAGGCCGACAUCUAGUUUUUAAGCCGGAAAACUUACAAAAAGUCGGCGCGUUCAAAGCACGAGGGGCGUUCAAUGCAGUCUUGUCGAUCAGGGAAACUUCGCCAGACACUCUCAAGAAAGGAGUAAUCACACAUUCGUCUGGUAACCACGCCCAGGCACUUGCAUUAGCAGCUCGAGAUGCAAAAUGUCCAGCCCAUAUUAUAAUGCCGUCCAACGCUCCUUCCGUCAAGAAAGACGCUGUGCGGGGAUACGGUGCAACGGUUCACGAAUGUGAGCCCACAUUAGAAGCACGGGAAGCGACGGCGCGAGCGGUGGAAAAAGAAACAGGCGGUGUAUUUAUCCACCCAUACAACAAUCCUCUCAUCAUGGCGGGACAAGGAACAGUUGCAUUAGAAUUGUUAGAGCAAGCUGAAGAAGCAAGAACUCCGCUUGACGCGGUGCUUGUUCAAGUUGGAGGCGGUGGACUCCUCUCAGGAUGCACAAUUACGCUGAAAUCCCUAAGGCCAGAAGUGAAGGUAUUCGCUGCGGAGCCGAAGGGCGCGGAUGAUACCUACAGGAGCUUGAAGAGUGGCAAAUGGGUUCCCAGCAUCAGACCGGAUACGGUGGCCGAUGGACUCCUGACCAGCACCGGAGAUUUGACCUUUCCCAUCAUCAAGGACCAAAUUGAUGACAUUUUUGUGGUCGAUGAUCGGGAGAUAAUCCGGGCCACGAAACUUGUGUGGGAACGAAUGAAACUUGUCAUAGAGCCCUCCGCAGCGGUCACGUUGGCAGUGGCUCUGUACAAUGCUGAUUUUAAGAGGGCUGCCGAAGGGUGCAAGAACAUCGGCGUGGUCUUUUCAGGUGGUAAUGUGGACUUUGAGCGAGCCGUGACGCUCUUUAAGACAUUGGAGGAGCUGGACAGCUGAUUCAGUUGAGCUCCCGGGUUGUACCGUAAUAGAUGGCGAUAUGAACAAGCAGAUGGAAAGACUGCAGCCACAGGACAAUCCAAAUCCACGACAGCAGGCAGGCAUAUUCAUGUACAAAUGGGGAAGUCGCUUGGGAGUGCUUCGCGCCGAUCUUCCGAAAUCGUUGGAAAACUUAUUUGACGCCCGGUCUUCCGGAGUUCACGACCACAGGAAGUAGACGGGCCCU